UUUCCUUUCCUUUGCCCUAAUCCCCCAAUCCCUGAACCCUAAAAUUCCAAAAUUUACCAACACAUAUCAAAAUUCAACUUUUUACCCAGAAAAAAUUUCAACCAAAGUCAUCCCCAAUUCCUCGAUUUUCUCUCUCAUCGACGAACAUGGUAAUAGAGAGAGAAAGAUGUGAAUGAUGGGUUGGACUUGGAGCUUCUUCAAUCUGCUAUGCUUCUCUCUCCCCAAACCCCAUCCUUCUCUCUCUUCAAUUCAUUUUCCUUCUUCGUCUUCACUUUCUCUCUCCUGAUUCCUCAAUGCAACAAUCCCAUGGUGAUGAUGAUCUCCGAUGUGGCCCCUCCGUAGACAAUCCCUGCCCUCCCGAUCUCUCCACCAUGCUCGAAGACGAAGAACCCUCCACUUUGAUCCACACCCACGAAGAACCCAAACACCAAUCGCAAAACCCAGAAAGCAAUUACGAAAACGAAACCAAAAUCAACGGCAAUAGUGUAGUGAGGAGAGAGAGGCCUUCGAGGGCUUGCACGGCGAGGUCCGCCGCCAGGCUUUAUGCGGCGGCAGAGGCGGAGGCGGCUUUGGCCGCCGCCGUACGGAGGCAGAAGGUGGCGAGGAAGGAGCGGAUGAGGGAGGAGCCGCAGCCGCCGUCUCCUCCUCCGCCGCCGCAAUGUAAGAUAAUUACACCGCUAGUGGCGGAGCCGCCUCCGUCGCAGUUGCCGCGGUGGAGUCUCCGGUCGAUGUGGGAGCUAGCUUCCAUUCUCAAUUUCUUGAAUGUUUUUAGGCCCUUUUUGAAUAUUAAAGUGGAAUUCUCAGCAGAAGAGUUUGAGACCGCUUUGAUUACCCCAAACAACACUUUGGGGGAUAUACAUAUUCCUUUACUGAAGGCGAUCCCUCCAAUUACCCGUAUGGCACUUGGACAUAAUACUUGGAUUACAGUUCUCUGCAGAAAGUUGAGAGAUUGGUGGCAUUGGGUUGCAGAAGGGGAGCUACCAAUAGUUGCAUCACAUGGGGCUGAGAUUGAAGCGUAUAAUGCACUUGAUCCAGGGGUUCGUGUGGUGAUUUUGAAAGCCUUAUGUGAUAUUCGUGUUGAGCAAGAAGAUAUUCGGAAUUAUAUAGACGAUUCAAUCAAACAUGGUGUUCACCUUUCAACAUUCCGUAAGGAACGUAUUGGGGGUGAUGCUUAUGGAAUCUCAUAUUGGUAUGAAGAUGAUCCCAUAAUUGGUCACCGGUUGUACCGAGAGAUUAGAAAGGUGGAGGUGAAGAAAGCAAAAGGAAAAAAUGUACAGCCAAUUCCUAGUUCAUCGUACCAGUGGGAAAUGGUUGCAUCUAAUUUGGAUGAAUUUGAAGAUGUUUCUGAGAAGCUUUUCUCUAGUAAAAAUAGAACAGAGGCUUCACUUGGGAAGAAGUUGAAGAGUGACAUGCUCCCUGAGAUUGACAAGGUCCAUAAGAGGAAAGAGAAGCUGCUGAAAAAACAGCAUAGACAAGCUCUUCUUCUUGAUAAUAUGAUCAACGUGGAUGGGCUUGCUCAAGGACGCUCCCUUCGAGAUAGAAAACCUGUCACUUAUACUUUUGAUGAUUAUGACCGAUCAAUCAAUGAGGCUAUCAAGAUAACCAAGCGGAAACAGUCAUCCCCAGAACCUACUGUCAGAAGAGAAUUCGUUGCAAAAGCUGAGGCUUCUAUAAAUGGUAGUUGGAGUGGUCCUUCGCAAAUUCCUGAGCAAGGCUCUUUCGACAUGCCAUCACCAGAGUCAUUUGAUUAUGAUGAAACUGAUAUGGACCAUAAACCUGAACUAUUGGAUCGCAGUAAUCGACGAAGACAAAGGCCUCAACGGUAUUCAGCGAAAGAGUUUGUUGAAGCAGUUUCAGAGAAUGAGGCUGACUUUGAUAGUGAUGAUGAUAUAGUUGGAGAAGCUGUAUACGAUGAAGCAUAUUUGAGGCAGAGGAAGAAAAUGAGGAAAAUGUCAAGCAGCUCUGAAGGAGAUGAGGAAUACCAUUGGGAUGAUGAAAAUGCUGAAGAGGAAGAGGAAGAAGAAGAUGAUGUUGCUGAUGAUUCCUUAAGUAAUAGCGACAGUAGUGAUGAGCCCCGAAGAUUUAAGAAAUUGCCAGGCCGUACUAGGAGGGAAAUUAGAUUAAGGUCAGUUGAUGAGCUCCAGUCAGGUCUAAGGCGUAGUAAAAGGGCCAUGAAAAAUCGUAUCAAUUAUAAACAGUAUGAAAUGUCAGAGUCAGAAGUGGAGUCAACGAAACCUGAGAAAUCAAAUGCAUUGGAUGAACACACAGAUACUGAUAAUGCAGAAUUUUCAUUGGAAAGUCAAGAUUCCGAGGGCAACAAUGAUAACAAGGAGAUAAAAGAAGUCGAUCAACCUGUAGAAGAAGAGCACCCUGAGACGGUAGAGAAAGAGCGAAACCAACCACCUGAGAAAUCAAACAGCCCAGGUCAAGAUGAAAUUGAAGGUGUAAGAAAAAGGCGAUUUCUUGACCUAAAUGAGCUUGCCCCGAGUUGCGGUUUUGAAGAUGGUCCCAACACAACAAUGAAAGAUGAAGAUCCAGCAGAUGACUUCUAAUGCUUCCCUCGCCACAGGAAGGUUUUAGUUUUCUGUUGGGAAAACCUUGGUUGUAUGAUAGAUAAUUUAUAAAUUUUGCUAUGAGCCCCAGAAGUUGCAAUUAGAGACUUACCACAGUUUCUUCAUGAUUUCCAGCGGGGAGCAACUUGGUGCUGAGAAUAUUAUGUAGAUUGAGUGGUCAUUUUUUAGUAUGCCUACAUUCAAAGAAACAAAUCUACGGCAAAUGAAUGGGAAAUUUGUUGGGAGUUCUUUAGUCUUUUCUUGUUGAGCCAGUGUACAAUAUAUCCUUUUUAACUCAUUGUAACUGAAAAUUUUUACUUUCACAUGUUCAAGCCCCAUUGUUUUA